UCCUCUGCCGCCCCGCGCGCCCAUGUACGCCUUCUACUCGCUUCUCAUCUACAUUUUCUACAGCCUAUUCCGCAGGGAUGGAGGUGCUACGGCGACCACCGACCCUGGGGACCCCGCCCAGAGAGUCCACUGCAAGCCCAGGGGUCGCCGUCGCCCCGACCAGCUUUCGCCAGAACUGUGGACCGAGCUGACAGGCCUGGCCGCGGGCAGCUCCGAGUCUGAGGAUGGGCCUGAAGGGGGAGCAGAGGACCGCCCAGCCGAGGUGUCCCUGGAAGAGGCGCUUAUGCGCCUUGCUGAGUUCCUCUCGGUCCACUUGGGGGCAGAAGAGAGCUGCGGGAAUCCUGAGUUGGGCAAGCCUGGGGAGGUUCCUCCACUGUUGACAGUGACCAGUCAGCUCUUGGCUCUUCUGGCAUGGAUUCGGAGCCCCAGGGGGAGGCAGGUCCUGCUCCAGGGGACUCAUCCAGCCUCCAACGUGCAACCCCCAAUUCCAGAUGGAGCCCUUUCUCAAGAAGACAGCCCUUACCAGCCUACCCCCAUCCAAGGGGAGGUGCCAAGGGGUGAGGCCCAGGGGCAACAGUUGCCUCAAUUGGAGGAGGAGCAGAGGGCUUGGCAGAGGCUGGAACAGCUCAUCCUUGGACAGCUGGAAGAACUGAGGCAACAGCUGGAGCAACAGGAGGAGGAGCUGGGCAGACUGCGCCUGGGAGUGGGGGCAACAGACUCAGAGAAAAGGGUUCAGCAUCUCACACUGGAGAAUGAGGCCCUGAAACAGAGCCUGAGCCUCACUCGGGACCUCCUGCUGCAUUGGGGCCCAGGUCCCCCCACCAGAGCCCCACAGGAGGAGGCAGAGGCACUGUUGGAGCUCCAGGGCCGGCUUCAGGAGGCCCAGGACACUACAGAAGCCUUACGAGUCCAGCUGGGGGUGCAGGAGGUGCAGCUGCAGGGCCUUCGAGGGGCCCUUCAGCAGCUUCAGCAGGAGACGGAGCAGAACUGCAGACGGGAACUACAACAGGUGCAUGGGCAACUGGCAGGACUCCGGACCCGGAUGGCCAGCCUGCGCCAGGGCUGUGGUGACCUCAGAGGACUGGUCAGCACCUUUACCCAGAGCUGUCAGGGUUCGCUGAGUGAGGCCCAGGGCCAGGUAUCCUGGGCCCUGGGGGCAUUGUCAGCUGGAGGGGCUGGGACUCAGCUCCCUGAGGGGCAACAGGGGCCCCCAACUGGAUGCCCAGGGCGGCUGCUGGAGCUUAAGGGGAAUAUUCGGGUGCUAUGUCGGCUGAGGCCAGGUACACCCUGCGGCCUGGUGAGUGUGGAGGCUGGACCAGGGGGCACAGUCACCACCUGCUAUCGAGGGCGCCAGCGUCGUUUCCACCUGGACUGGGUCUUCUCUCCAGAUGCCAGCCAGGAGGAGGUCUUUGGAGAGCUGGAACCAGCUGUGCUGUCCUGCCUCCAAGGAUACAGUGUCUGCAUCUUCACCUAUGGCCAGACUGGGACUGGAAAGACAUACAGCAUGGAGGGCCCACCUGAGGACCCAGGCAUAGCUCCCAGGGCGCUGCAGUCACUGUUCAGGGAAAUGGGGACUGGAGGGCAGCACCGUGUGACCCUCAGCAUGGUGGAGAUCUACAAUGAGGCAGUCAGGGACCUCCUGGCCCCAGGACCUCCAGAGCGCCUAGCUGUGAGGCAGGGCCCAGCAGGACAGGGGGGAAUCCAAGUAGCUGGCCUCACCCACUGGGACGUGCCCAACCUGGAGACUUUGCACCAGAUGUUGAGCCUGGGGAGAAGUAACCGGGCCACUGCUGCCACUUCCAUGAACCCACGCAGCUCCCGAUCCCAUGCCCUCGUUACACUGACGCUGUGUGCAGCUUCUCCACCGAGCGCCCCAGGCACUGCAGGCACGCUGCACCUGGUGGACCUGGCGGGAUCUGAGCGUGCUUGGAAGGCGGGGGCUACUGGCACGCAGCGAGGAGAUCCCAACAGUGCCCAGCGUCUGCGGGAGGCCCAGACUAUCAACCGCUCACUGCUGGCGCUGGGAGGCGUGAUGGCUGCUUUGCGUGCCCGCCGGUCCCACAUACCCUUCCGCGACUCACAGCUCACACGUCUGUUGCAGCCUGCGCUUGGUCCGGGUACCACUGCUGUGCUGCUUCUACAGAUCUCUACGCGGCCAGAGGAUAUCGGGGAGACCGUCUGCUCGCUCAAGUUUGCGGAGCGAGUGGGUCAGGUGGAGCUGGGACCAGCCCGGCGCCGCAAGGCACCACGAUCCGAGACCCCCUCCUCCCUCAGUACCGACACCCCACUUACUGGGACCCCCUGCACUCCUACCAGGUCUCCUGUCAGCCCUCCAAGCCCCAGCCCAGACAGCGGCUCAUGCUCUGCCCUAGGGCCCUCAGGGGACCUUCCUCCCUAGUCUUGGGUGGAGGCCUUGCACAAGAGACCUGGGGAUGUAACUCUGCUGGCAGAGGCAGCAGUACAGUUCCUAUAUCGGGUCUCCCAAGACAAUCUUCUUGACUUCCGGGGGCCUACUUCUCUCCAAACUUCCAGAGUCGCUCCCCACAACCCCAGCCAGAGAAGAGCCUGGAGAAUUGAUUUUGCCCCACCCCACUGGGUCAGAGGCCCUCAGCUCCCUCCUUAUCACCAUUUGCCGUUAUCACAGCACACAGCAGGGGAUCCCAGAGCCACAGGAACCAGACAUGACUCUGGCCAAGGAGUUUCCCAAGUCACCACCUCUGCUCCAAAAAUAAGACUAGGCAUUAAAAUGCUGUAAAUUCUUUUAAUGUUACACCAUUACCACCACUUCAAGUCUAUGUAGGGUCCAGUCUUUAUUCCCUAACCCUUUCCCCAAAAGGUGCUACCUCCCAGACAGUUGAGGGAUGACAGGACUUCAGGCUGGACCCACCAUUAGGCGCUCCCUCCCCCAGCCUGGAGCCAGGAGGGAGGUGACAGAUGGUGAUGGAUGAAUAGAUACAUGGGCUAGGCCUGAAGAUAGAAUCAUGAUUUGCUACUCCAUGUUGAGUCCUGCUCCUUUAGCAUUGCCCCUGGGUGUAGGGGGGAGGCAGAGAGGCAAGACUGACCAAGCCCAGGUUGGUGCCCAGCUGAGUGGCAGCUUUUUCUGGAGCAGCCCAAUAAACAUUGUGGACUCUCAUUAA